UUAGAGUCGAUUGACAAAGGAAAUAGAUUCUCAGUGAGUGAGAACCGAAGGAAAUUAAAGUCUCGUCUUCAAUGUUAAAAUCGCGUAAACUGAUUACUACGUUCUUGUUAUCUAACACGGAUCAAUCACGAGAUGUGAGAUUGUCAGAUAAUCAACUCAUCCGAUUGGUUGGUUCCAGAACCACGCUUCAUGAAUAAAUCAUUCGGGCUGGCAGCACGGCUAUCAACCUGGAGGUGUGCUAUGAUCAGCUAAUCAACACACCCGAUUGGUUGGUUCCAGAACCACGCUUCAUGAAUAAUUCAUUAAGGCUUGUCAGCUAUCAACCUGGAGGUUUGCUAUAUCAUAAAAGCUAUCACAUAAUUUUCCUAAUCAGAUCUGUGAUCAAAGUGGUAUCGUGGCAACCGGACAACGGGAGAUUCUCUGUAUCACCGGGGACUUGUUGUACUAUCUUCUGAAUGUACACUCAACACAAAUCCAUGCUGCUGAGAGCACUGCAACACACAACCAUACACAACCCACCGAUUGAAGGGGAAAUAUGAGUUUACUUCUUGAGUGAGCAGCAAUAGUGUUUCGAUUGGAGUUUCUUCCCCACCGAUAUCACAAACUGUGUUCUGCGUGGUUAGUCGUUGGCUGUUUGGAUGAACAAUACAUGCUGCAGAGAGCACCGCAUAUGGGGAAUAAUUAUGAGUUUACUUGUUAAAAGUGAGCAGCAACAGUGAUUUGGUUUGGAGUUUCUUUCUCAAGUUUCCCCCUACCGAGAUCACAAACUAUGUUUCUGACUAUUGGAUGAAAAAUACAUACUACGGAGAGCACUGCAACACAACCCACAGCAUUAGGGGAAAUGUGAUUGUAUAAUUGUAACGAGUGAGCAGCAAAAGUAUUUGAGUUUCUUCACCAGUUUUCCCUACCGAAGUUUCUGCAUGUUUAAUUUUUGACUGUUGGAUGAUUAUAAUGCAAGCGUGGACGGGUAGGAGCAACACUCGUUAUGAAUUCCCAGCUGAACAUUUCUAACCACACAGACGCCGUUGGACAGAAUUUAUCUGCAAUUGACGACUUUGACGACACCCGGGAGUCGACAGAUGCACUGCUCAUUCUGUCGACUGUGAUUUUGCUUCUGUCGGUCUUCUUCGGUGUUGUGGGGAACGUUUUAGUGUGUUUAAGCGUGUACGGCAAUCGGAGCUUACGGACAGCCAACAAUGCCCUACUUGUCAAUCUAGCCGUUGGAGACCUAGUGGUUUGUUUUACAAGUACACCCAUCAUGCUCGCGGGUACUCUCAACAACCUCGGCUGGACGUGUAACCCUUACAACGAUAUCCUCUGCGCCACGCAAACCAUCGUUCACGUUAUCAGCAGCUCCGUGCAGCUCAUCACGUUAGUGGCGAUAAGCGUGGAGCGUUACGAGGCGAUUAUGCACCCGUUCGAGACCAAGCAGAAACGUCGUCGCGUCUUAGCUGGGAUAACCACCUCAUGGGUCUCGGCAGUACUCCUAUCCGUCCCGACUGCAGUGUUCUUCCAAAAUUCUUCACUGUAUCUGCUGUGUGCGUGUCAACUCACUGACGAACCCAAUAUAGAUUAUAUCCAUAUAGCGAUCAUAGCGCCAUUGGGACUCGUGUGCCUGCUCGGCGUCAUGAUCUUCUACCUGAAGAUUUUCAGAACGGUUCGCAAACACGUCAAGGAGAACAAGUCUAAGUCCAAUAGUAUUACCAGCCACGCGGGCAACGACACCACCACCCGUCCGGUCUCGUCGAGAUUGUGCUGUUGUUGGAGGAGGAACGUGAUUGCUCCCAUAGCUGUACCGGUAACGCUCCGGAACCAGGGCAGGGACCCCGCGGUCCAGAUCAACGUCCUGCCAGGGACCAGUGGUGACCUGCUUCAAGGAAACCCCGAGAACAAAAAGGGAGAUAGUCGUGAGAGUAGUCCGAACACAGCAGCCUCUAAAUCACUCUUGGAGACCAAGCAAGGUCCGUGUGUUGUGACUGGGAUUCCGGAGGUACAUCAACAGAGCAUGACAUCAUCUGACACUGGUGUUGGAUCGUGUGGUAUAGCUCAAGAACCUCCAGAAAACGAACCAGGAAUUCAACCCAACGAUGGUCAGCGUGGGUUCGAUCAUUUACAAGCUAAUGCGACGUUAUUUACCGUCACUCCAGCGAGUCCCUCCAACAUCUACCAGGCCGUCGAUGAAGACAAGGCUUCGUCCUUAUCGCCAGCAGCAUCUGCCGCUGACAAGGACACCGCGUCGGGUGGAGCAGUUGGCGGCCUGAACGUGGACGCUGGACUGGAGCGUGACCCCCACCGUCUCAGCUGUAUCUCCGGUGAUAUCCAAGGCUCGGUGUGUGUUAUGAACCCUGAGACUCGAGCACGAGGGAAGAGGAGAGUAGAGCUAAAGACAGCCAAGCGAGCCUCUUACAUCAUCGGUGUCUUCAGUCUCUGCUGGUUGCCUCUCUUUGUGGUGUCUUACGUUGACACGAGGCCUAAUUUAGACAUUCUUGUGACUUGUAUAGCUACUAUGAGUGCAGCUCUCAACCCACUCGUUUACACGGUGGUCAAUAAGGCAUUCCGGACUGAGUUCGUUAAAAUACUAACUAAGGCGACAAAUAGAUGUCCCUGCCUUCGUAAACCAUGAUUUCAAUUGAGAGAAAUUACUGAACAAUAAUGUUGUGCAUUGUGGCACAAUGGUGCUGAGACAGUUGUGGAGAAAAACGUUUUGUGCUUUGUGAUACUUUUGGAAAUCACUAACUUUGAGUACAUCUCUCAGUUGGAAUGAGAAUUAUACCGUCGUUGCAUCAGAUUUAAAACGUAUGAAUUUUACCCCCAAAAUAAGUCUGACGAGUCUGCCAAAAAAAAAUAGAUGGAAAGAUUUUCAUUGUUUUGAAUUGCUUGUAUACAGACCCCUUGCUUAUGACGUCACAUUCUGAAAAAGCUCCCUCAUUUGGGAAAACGGACGCAGCUCAUUGGAAAAACACUGCUGGUACGCCAAACGAGGCCACUUGCACGUUAUUGCGCACCAAUCGUCCGACGAUCUGCCUCUUUUUGCCACAGUGAGGGCGCUGUUGAAAAGUGUGACACCUAGACCUUGUGUACGUUUUGGCGACCCCAACUAAAACUCAACCGAGUCAACAAGUCGGUUACCGGUUGGUCUCAACCGAACACGCGAAAACGCCCAACCGAUAACCAAUAUUUCUGGUUGGGGUCGCCGAAACGCACUCCUUAUCUAUGCAACUACUCAGUAGUACGCGCCUAUUAUGCGUGGAAUGAGGCUAGUUUGAUCGCAAGCUAGACCAGCAUGCAACUCAUUUAGCAGUAAGCCCUUGCGCACUGAGUGUUUGCGAAUAGUUAUACUAUGCAGCUGGUUUGUAUAAUCCCUCUUGCAAUGCCAUCUUUUACAAGCCAUACACUUUUCUAUUAUUUUUCAUCAUAGAUGUCGGCGGCAUAUGCAAGGGUCUGUUGUAAAACUCUUUGAACGAGUCCAAAGCACACUUUCUUAAAACACGCGAAUAUACUUUUAAACUCGUUUUCAGGUUUUUACACGAACUUUUGGCAAUGAUGUGUGUGAACACAUAAACACUUGCUAUGUUCAUCAUACCCAUGAUCAUGUUCAUUUAUGAUUUAUACGCCAAUUUAAAACAAGUUUGAAAUGUACUGUACGGAGUUCGGGAAGUGCCAUUCGACAUUUUGAGAUCCUGAGUUUUUAUUAUGCAAGGGAAUGACGUCACAAACAAACGUAUCAAGAUGAUGACUCCUUGAGGUGUAUGUUUUCUUAGGAUGCCGACAUCCUGAAGUAAGAUGUCGCUUUUCUGAUAUGUCUUAUCUUGGGAUGUCGACAUCAUGCGUAAGAUUUGCCGACAGCCUGAGAUAAGUUAACUUGGGCUGAUAAAACAUCCUGAAAAUGUAGAGAACCCUCUAUAAAUUAUCCUGGGAAGACAACACCCUUUUAUCAGGAUGUCCCCAUCGAGAGAUGAAAUAGUUCUGGAAGACAUCUUACAUCAUACUUUCAAUCACGAUGUCGUCAUUCACAGAUUAAUAAUCCUAGGAUGACGUCAUCGGAUACUUAUGGUUUUAUCAUCCUGCAGUCCCAUGAACUCAACGGAUUGAUUGGCACUUCCAGAGCUCCGUACGUUUCUAUGAAUAUGUUAAGGCUUAAAAAGACCCUUAAUAUCUCUUAUGUAACUUAGUGAUCCAACGUAAAUGUUUCAACUACUAGGCCCAUAAUGACAAGUUUAAACAUUGAGUACGAAAUCGACUAAAGGUUCGACCAAUGUUCACACAUACAGCUCUGUGAAGUUGCAGUCACUCUGUGGACAUUCCUUUAAUCUGUACACUUUUAAUGAAAAUCAUUAUUCUUCAACACUGUAAAACAAACACCGUGUGGACGUGUUUAAAUCCACACAUAUAAUGUUCCAAGUCCCUAUACACUAUGUAGACUUCUUUUGUCCUGAGGUCAACAUAUCGUAUGUAGCGUUAAAAAACUCCUAACAUCAAGCUCGAUUGUUAGAUCCAGUUUAUUACCCCCCCCCUUUCAUUGCUCUAAUACAAAUAGCUUGACACUUGAUACUGCCCGCCAUGUUGCUUAAUUUGUAACUCAUGACGAUAACAUAAGCCCACGUCAGGGUUGUCACUUUUUAUUGUGAGAAAUUUGUCAACAUGCUUUUAGCGUAAGUACCCAAUUUUCAUCGUCAGAUUUUGGGCCUAAGUGAUACCACACAGGCUCAAUAAUCCAUCAAUCUCUGUUCCUCAUAAUGUGAAGGCAACGAUGUAUUAUGAUCUCAUAGCAGACCCACGUACUUUUGGGGUAAUAAAUUUAAAUGAACUUUACAUCUAAUAGCAUUUUUCCACGUAGUGUUGUUCACUGGUGUUGUAUUUUAUAUAUGGACUAACUUGGCCAAUGCAACGUGCAGUUUCGGUUCAAUUCAACUCACAUUUGUUUCCAUACUCAUGCCUGUAUAUGCUUCGUGUUUGAAAGGGCUCGGUAAAGGAACCCUAUGUGGAAAUUGUAAAUUUCUACUGGGGCAUUUCAGGAGUACUAAAGGCAAUGACCAGCAAGGGGGGGGGGGGGGCAAUCGCUUUCGUUGCCUCUGUGAAGUAUCGGGCCUGCAUAAUGUCAAAAACACACCAUUGCAGAGUGCAUUUAGAAAUGUAAUAGCGAACAUGAACAGUUUGUAGGCCGAUUUGAUAAGGGUUAUGAAGUGUACUGAUUGUUCGAGCUGUAGUGAACGGUUAACAUGAUUGACUGCUUCUUAGUUUGCAUCUGAUGGAGGAGUCGAAAACUCAUCAAGCAGGUUUCUUUUAAUGAAGUUAGUUAUAGUCUUUAAACGCUACCGCUGUUGUAUCUAUCAGACUAUAACGCGGCUAUUUUGUCUUUAGUAUAUUCUAAACUCGAGACGUUGUAUGUUACUCACAUUAGUCAUUCAAUGUUAAAGAAAGUACACAAAAGAUACACCAGAGUUUGAACAAUAAAAGUCGUAAUUGAUGAGUA